CCGGCAGCACAGAGGAGGGAGCUGGCUUCAGGUGCUCCCGCUUCCCCCGAGUCAUGGCUCUGGAGACCGCGCUGCUCCUGCUGCUGGCCCUCGGCCUGGACCUGGCAGGUGCCCAGAAGGCUCCGGAAGAAGUGCCGGUACAGUGGGGCUUUGAUGCUCACAAGGUGGAGGGGCGCUGGUUCACCCUGCAGCUGGCAGCCAGCCGCGCAGAACUGGUCUCCCCAGCCGACCCCCUGAGGCUCGCCCUGCACUCCAUCCAGACCAGUGACAGUGGGGACGUGGACUUCGUGCUGUUCUGGAAGGGAGAAGGGGUGUGUCAAGAAAAAAGCAUCACUGUCCAUCCCACCCAGCUGCAAGGCCAGUACCAAGGCUCCUUUGAGGGGAGCAGCAUGCACGUCCGCUUCGUCAGCACCGACUACAGCAACCUCAUCCUUUACGUGCGCUUUGAGGAUGACGAGGUCACCAGCCUGUGGGUGCUGCUGGCGAGAAGAGUGGUGGAGGACCCCACAUGGCUGCGGAGAUACCUGGAGUUUGUGGAGAAAUUCCAGCUGCAGAGAGCCCCGGCCUUCAACACAGAUGGUGAGCGCUGCCCCAGCCACGUCCUGCAGCGGGACGGGAGGAGGGCACCUGGGUCUGGAGCCUCAUCUACCCAGCCGGCACCACGGAGGGUGAAGUCAACCCCCACGCCCCUAAUGGCCAGGCCUGUGCUGGCUGCUGAGGAGCUACUGGAGCUCACCAGCCCCGUGUGA